AUGGCUCGUACUAAGUGUACAGAAGUCGACCGGAGGAAAGACACCAAGGAAGCAACUCGUUUCAAAGACAUUUAUUGCUGCUCGCAAGAGAGUGCCGGUAACCGGAGGAGUGAAGAAGCCUCGCCGUUACCGCCCCGGAACCGUAGCCCUUCGUUAGUUUCUUCCAGUGAAAUUCGCAAGUAUCAGAAGGGCACCGAGCUGCUCAUUAGGAAGAUGCCCUUCCAGAGGCUCGUCAGGGAGAUUGCCCAGCUUCAUAAGAGUGACCUGCGUUUCAAGAGCCAUGCGAUCCUUGCUCUGCAGGAGGCGGCAGAGGCGUAUCUCGUGGGCCUCUUCGAGGACACCAACCUGUGUGCCAUCCAUGCCAAGCGGGUCACCAUCAUGCCCAAAGAUGUUCAUCUGGCUACCAGGAUCCGUGGCGAGAGGCACUAA